UCGACAAGCUAGUCUCGCGCUUUCGCGAUGUUCUAACCAUCUCACUGCCACUAAAAACAUGCGAGUCAAGCAUUCGUUCGUUGGAAAAAAAUACAUAGUGAAGCUUCUAUAGUGUUUGCACCUGCGUUAGACACGGACAAUUUUCCUGAGCAAGGAAAACGAAUUCGCUUGUUAUCUACGAUCUUCUUACGGUAAUAGAAAUGAAAGAAAAAACGAGGAUGUGAGCGAAUCCUGCAAAUAUAUUUCACUAUGCUUGGAAAUCAUUUGUAAACAGUUUGUGGAAAUAAACUGGGAAAUAUAUCAAAUCGUAAAAACUUGAGAAUAAAAUUUUUGUCAAUUAAAAAAAUGAAAUGAAAAAUAGAUUGCAAUUUAGAUUUAUCUAUUGGCAUGAAGAAGCGCAUCUUAUCUACUGUAUAGAAACCAUUCGGAUGUCUAAGCGAUCUAGACAAUCGUGCCAGGAGAAAUGAAUGCAUGUCCAGAUAAAAGAAAACAAGAAACGAACGGUAUCGGUCGCGACAUGCGGUGUCAACGACACACGAACAUGAGGGAACCGUAAGCUCUUAGGACCAUGAAAUAACUUGGAAUGCGGGAAGGGCCAUCGCGCAUAAUGAGGGUAUCUGGAAAUUCAACUUCUUAACUAUUCCCAUGAGGACGAUCGAGCUAAUUGCGCUGAUCGCCAUUUCCAGCACUCUGUUCCUCUUUUUGCACACCAGAGAGCUGCACUCGCGUUUACGAAAAAUGGAAGUUCGCCUUCAGCCUGGCGAAGACGAAAUGCUGUCAGCAAAUCAACUCUCAUCCGAAGGAGUGCAAACUGAUUCUAGUCCAAGUGGAAUCGUCCAUUAUCCAAACAGACAUCGUAUAUUCGCAAUAAAGUACAAAGAAACUGAAGUAUUGGACAUCGAUGCGCUCAACAACACGAAAAGAGCGGAUCGAAGCGUUUUGUUCUUUAAUCGCGUACCAAAAGUGGGUUCUCAGACCUUUAUGGAAUUGUUGAGGAGGUUAUCCCUGAGGAAUGGCUUCUCGUUCAACAGAGAUCGUGUACAAAGAGUCGAAACAAUACGACUUGCGCCUAUUGAACAGCUUCAACUUGCAACGAUGGUUAGCAGUUAUUCAGAACCAUCUGUUUAUAUAAAGCAUGUGUGUUUUACAAAUUUUACAGAAUUCAACCUGCCUCAGCCAAUUUACAUCAACAUAGUCCGGGAUCCUGUUGAGAGAGUGAUAUCCUGGUACUAUUACGUGCGAGCACCUUGGUAUUACGUGGAGAGAAAGCAAAUAUUUCCAGACUUACCACUGCCGGAUCCGAACUGGCUGAAGAAGGACUUCGAGUCCUGUGUACUUAAGGCGGACCGUGAAUGCAGAUACCUCGAGGGUGAGAUUCACGAGGGAAUCGGUGAUCAUCGCAGGCAAACGCUUUUUUUCUGCGGCCACAGCGAGAAAUGCACCCCGUUCAACACGAUGGGUGCCCUAGAACGAGCAAAAAUGGCAGUGGAGAAACACUACGCAGUGGUUGGUGUACUCGAGGACGUAAAUAGCACUCUCACGGUAUUGGAAAAUUAUAUACCCCGAUUUUUCCGAGGCGCCACUGACGUCUACUAUGACGAGGUGAAUGCGUUUACCAGAAUCAACCGGAAUUUCUUCAAACCACCUGUCAGCGAAGAAGUGAAAGACAUGGUGCGAAGCAAUUUCACCAGAGAAAUCGAAUUUUAUCAGUUUUGCAGACAACGAUUGUACAAACAGUUGAGAGCGUUGAAAUUGACCAAAACUACACCUUUAUUAGAAAGCAAUAGUUUGUAGAAGUGUAUAUGAAUAACUCAUCGAAUUUUCUUCUCAUGGAAGCGUCGAUUAAAAAAAAGAAAACAUAUUGAAAACGAUAGAUAAUUCGUUGAAUUUUUCAAUUUAGAAAAAAAUGUUAAAAAUAUUAAGACUUGUAUUAAUUACAAAAAUAAUUCAUCGAAUUAUCUUUCGAUACAGAUCGACAUAGGAAGAAUCUCAAAAGUAUUUAAGUGUCAAGAAACUUUGGCUUUACUUACUGAUAGAAAAUAAGAAAGAAAGAAAAAGAAAAGAAAAAUGUCAGAAUAGACAAUAACAAAUUUUAGAUAUCCAUAAAAAAAAUUCACUUACAUGGUGAAAGAAAUUAGAAAACAUUAACAAUUUAAACGAGAAUCAUAGAAGAUUAUCACAAUUUAUGAUUGUAAAAUUAAUUAGAUUGAUCGAAAUGUGAUGAAUUAACGAAUGUUCCAAUAAGCAAUAUCUUUUGUGAUUCACAAACGAAUGGAAGUGCUUUCAAUUCAUAAAUGGGACGCUUCAAUGCCGAGUGCCUAUUUUUUUAUUUUGUGAUCUUUUCCCCUGUAUAUUGUAAGACGAUGUGAUCGUCGUAUAAAAUCGUUUGAACGUGAAAUUAUAAUAUUUACGAAGAGAUGCAUGUGACAUCAAGAAUAUAUUUAUUUAUUAUUGUAAUGCGGGAUGUCAUCGGUUGUUUUGC